ACGAAAUGCAGUCACAUAAUAUACGACACCACAAACAGUAGGCGGAUAUCAACAACCAGCGCGGCAGCAGUCGUUUUUGCUCUCUUCCUUCUCGUUCAACCUUGCUCUCCUGCUGUCGACAUCAUGUCUGAGCGAGCGCGUGUGGAGCAGCUGAUGCAGCGCAUCGCUGAUGACACGCUGGAGAUGCCCAAGCGUGUCAAGGCUGCGUACGAUUUGUGGAACACGGCAAACAACUCCUCUGGGUCGACAGCCAUCUUGGAUCUUGGCUACCCUGGCGAGCUCCUCAACAUCUACGACACACUGUCCUUCCAAGGGCGGGAAUCCCUCAAGGCACGGAUGGUUGGUAUCCUGUGCUGCCUGGCCGCAAACCUCCCGCUGGAAAAGGCAGAGCAGCUGUAUGCCUAUGACGUGCAGUCGCGUCUCUUUGAACUCCGCUGCUCCACCGACCCUGUACGGCAGCCGAUCAAUGCGCUGUGCGGUCUCAUCAACCUGCUGCACCAUCACGGCGACCACCCCAUGAUGCACGGCGAUGUCCAGCUCUACACCCUCACAGCAAAGGCCCACAAAGGGCAGCCGCCCCAGAACCGGCGAAGAUAUUUUGAAAAAUUAGCUUGGAGAUCAACUAUCAGAAGCCCUAAGAACCCCUUAAAGACAAACCUGACCAAGGCGGCGGAGUAUCAAGCGAAAAAGGCGCGAUCGUCUGAAGCUGCGUCGUACGCCCGCCUCGCCCUUUUCAACCAGAAAUACUUGGAGGUUCCUGGUGGCGGCAAGACUGUCAACCGGGACAAACCGUCGUUGCAGAACACAUCCUCUUCAUGGUCCCACCAGCAGCCGCUGCCAAAGGACUUGGAGAAGAUUGACGCGAAGAAAAUCAACGUCUUUGACAGACACGCAUCAGCGUGGGAUGAUUACGAAGCGAACGUGCGCAAGGCGAAGGUGAUUGUUGUCAUUGCAGAGAUGAACAUGCAGCUGUGCAUCUGCAGCCGCUGCCUCAUCCGCUACGCCGAGCAGCUCAAGAAACCAAUUGUCUUCCUGCAGCUGCAAGCGUUUUACGAGCCGCGUGAUUGGAUCCUUGAGAUGUCACCGAACCGAAAAUUCUUCAGAUUGCGUCAUGACAUUGAGAACGAGGACGCGCUGAUGCGGCGAUUUGGACAGACCGCCAUUGGAGGAACAGAUGAGCUGGAAACAGUCAUUCUGGAGGAGGCUGCUGCGAACAUUUCGCUGGAUGCACCUGGUGGGCUGAAGGGGUCAUUGUCUGUGAACGUGAAGGCGACGCUUGAUGUGAUGGUUGUGUCCAUGGUGCAGCAAUUAGAUCUCAUGGACCAGAUUGCCACCACACGACUUGAUGCAAUCGACAACCGCAUCGCGGAUAUCGAGACCCGCCUUUCAAAAUGCGAAGGCGCAUUUGCGCGAGGCAUGGUCCGGUUACAGACCUGA